AUGCGUUUGGCGCAGUGGCGGGGGCGGGCGGUGCCGCUGGGCGGGGGGGCGAUGGCGGCCGCGCUGGGUCUGUCGUCCGCGCCGGGCUCCGCCGCCGUGAGCGAGCUGUGCCAGAACGGCCGCGAGAUCUUCCUGGAGGCGUCGCGCCUGCUCCUCACGUACGCCGACAACAUCCUCCGGAAUCCAUAUGAAGAAAAAUAUAGAUUAAUUCGGAUUGGAAAUCCAGCAUUUUCCACAAGGCUGUUGCCUGUCAGAGGAGCAGUUGAAUGUUUAUUUGAAAUGGGGUUUCAGGAGGGAGAAACUCACCUGGUUUUCCCUAAGGAAGCUUCGAUUGAGCAACUACGUAAAAUCAGAGACUUAAUUGCUGGAGAGAGAAGCAGCAGACUGAAUGAGUCAAACCAAAUCCCCAAAUCAGGAUCCGCUGAAACUGUCAGCAGCGCUCAGACAGCUGCACAACGGCCUUCAAGACCUGCCAGCUCUGUUCUUGCCCCUGCCCGUCAGCGACCAGAAACGUCACUUGUGCAAUCUCUUGAAAUGGCUGCAAAUAUCUUGAAAACACUUCAAACAAAUUUUGAGGAUCUUGUAUUGAUGUAUGAGAAUCCUUCUAUUCAGCAGAAAGCACUAGCUGCAAUUCCUCUCCAGGAAUUAAAGAACAAGGCUCAGAAAAAGCUAUCACAAGCUACAAGACUGGACAAAGGUGCACAUGUGAAUGAAGAGGACUUCCUAUUGUUGGAGCUUUUGGAGUGGUUUAAGACUUACUUUUUUCGUUGGGUAAAUAGUCUUCCUUGCAGCAGGUGUGGUGGGCAGACAGAGCCUAAAAGUGACUACCUCUUACCUACUGAGGAUGAUGUAAGGUGGAAUGCCAGUCGAGUGGAAAACCACUACUGCAACCAGUGUCAGUUCUCUAAUAGAUUCCCAAGGUAUAACAACCCUGAAAAACUUCUGGAAACCAGACGUGGACGCUGUGGCGAGUGGGCAAACUGUUUUACACUGUGUUGCAGAGCUGUAGGGUUUGAAGCAAGAUAUGUCUGGGACUAUACAGAUCAUGUGUGGACUGAGGUAUAUUCUUCAUCUCAGAAAAGAUGGCUUCAUUGUGAUCCCUGUGAAAAUGUCUGUGAUAAGCCUCUUCUCUAUGAAACUGGAUGGGGAAAGAAGCUCUCCUACGUAAUUGCAUUCUCCAAAGAUGAGGUUGUUGAUGUCACCUGGAGAUACAGCUGUAAACACGAAGAAGUACUCUCUAGAAGGACAGCACUCAGCGAAGCAACGCUACGUGAGACAAUUAAUGCACUAAAUAGAACGAGACAAAAGUCUUUGUCAGAAAGCAGAAAAAGAGAGCUCUUGGAAAGGACUAUUGUGGAGCUUGUUGAAUUUAUUUCUCCUAAAACACCUAAACCUGGAGAAUAUGGUGGAAGGACAUCAGGCUCAAUGGCUUGGCGAAUGGCCAGAGGUGAAAUUGGUCCAGAGAAAAGAAAAGAAGUACUUUUUAUUCCCUCUGAAAAGGAGAAGACAUCUAAACUCUUCCACCUCACCUACAAUAUAGUAGAUGAUAGUUAUACACGGAUUUCCAAUAACAAUGAAAAAAUAAGUGGCUGGGAAGCAGGUGUUUGGAAGGCAGAAUCUGUUUGGAGAAAAGUUGAAACAGAUUGGAAAAUGGUUUAUUUAGCCCGAAAAGAAGGGUCAUCCUCUGCUUCCAUCAGCUGGAAGUUUGAGUGCAAGUCAGUCGGUCUAAAAAUAGAUAACAUUUCAGUUAGGACAAGCAGUCAGACUUUUCAGAGUGGAAGAAUACAGUGGAGACUUUGCUCUCCAAAAACAGAAAUUGCUCUGAUGGGAGAUAAAAAUCUUUGCUCCUAUUCAGAUUUUUCUGGUGCAACGGAAGUUAUGUUGGAAGCAGUUCUAAAUGGAGGGGAUGGUGAAGCUGCAUGGCAACACACACAGCUGUUUAGAGAGAGCUUAACAGGAUGUGGAGAAAAUUGCUUGGAGAUAAUUAUAAAGCUCAGUGACCUCUGAGAAUCUGAACUGCAGAGAUGUACUUUGGAUUCCUUGAAGACAUUAUGCUAUGGAUACAACAUGAAGAUUUGGUUGGCAAUUUUUCUUCAUCCUGCUGGCAGCUUAUUUCCUGUUUCACUGCUUCCAUUAAACCAACUUGAAACUGCACAUGUAUUGAAUAGGUAAACAUCACAAUGAAAACCUCUUUGUCUGUAAAAACAAACACCAAAAUUAAGGCAUUGAACCAUAAAGUAUCUUUUCUUAAACUUUACAAUGAAAACAAAAUAAUUUUUAGGAAGCAAAACUCGACCAUAGUAGCACAAAGCAGUUGUACUUGAUUUUAAUUUGGAGUUUUGGGAUUGGCUUGCUGUUUUUUGGGGGUUUUUUUAAUAAUCUACGUGGAAAAACAGUUUGAAUUCUGUUUCCCAAUUACAACAGAUGCUUUUGAUGAUCUUAAAAUAUUUUAAAGAAUAGUAGAAAAUUUAGACAUUUUAAAGAAAAAUACGAUUUUGUGUAAUAUCAGAAGUGCUGAAAUUAAGUUAGUUUCAAGAUUACUUAAAAAUUUCUUUGUUGCAAUCUAAGUAUUAAAACUGUGUUUAAUACCUAGAAAUAUUUGGAAGCCUGAAGGUUGCUAGAAACUAAUUUUGAAAGAAGUGGUCACAUGUACCUAAAAUUGUUAUAGCCUGCGGUAUGAAAUUGAGACUUAAAACUGAGUAAGAAAUCACAAUUUUUUUCUAUGAAAAAAUAGGUUAUUAAUUAUAAAUACUUUUUAAUGAUACAAAUUCAGAUUUGCUUAAUAAAUCUUUUUAAAAGUAGGCAUGUAGGUUGAAAUCUUCUUAAGCUAUUGUCUUGAGUUGCUUUGAAUACUAUACCCAAAUUUGAUGUAAAAAUAUAUACAAAUUUUCUGUUCAUUAAUGCAGUGUUUAAAUUUAUUUUCAGUCAUAUAAUAAAAAAAUGAAAAAAUGCCAUCCAGGAGAUGUCAGAUGUUGCAAUACUGUGAAUAAAGCAUGGAGUGAAUGUUCAAAUUAGAUAGUCUUUAUCAGAGAAUCUGAGGAAGGCUGUGGCUGGAUACAAGAAAUUUUCUAUUAUAGGACUAAAAUGCAAAGUUCAAACUGUAGUUUUAUUUCAAAAUAAGUGAGAAUUAGGGUUGAUGUUCUCAAGAUGAGUGUUUUUAAAGUUUUUCUUAUAUUUUCUGACCUUUCUAACCUCUGUAUAUUUGAAAUUAUUGUCAAAAAUAAUUUUUGUUGAAAUAAAUGCUUACUGACCUUCAACAAAUCUAAGGAAAUACAAAACUAUUCAGAUUUUAUUAGGAAACUGCAAAGGCACAGUGAAUGCAGGCAUCAAAAUGAUCACACAGGCAUCUUAAAAAGUGGUAGAUUAUGGCAGUUUAGGAGUGAGAGAAUGAUGUAUGAUGGAUUAUAUACUUCUGAAUGUAAAUUGACAGUUUACGAGGGGGAUUAGAAAGGAAGGGUCUCACUCCCUUAGACAGAACAACACAGUGACAGGGUACUGUGUGGAAGGUUGUUCAUCAGUACCUGGCUAAUGCAAGGUGAAUUUGCCAGUCUCCAUUCAAAACUCCUCCUGCAUUUGAUUUCAGCUAAAUGCUUUUUCUGACAUUUUGAUGGGAACCAACAGAAAAGUGUUUUAGACUAAAAUAUAUACUGUCUUGAAGCAAAAAAAGGAAAAAGAAAAAUCAGUGAAACCAAUCCACAAAAAUGUUUCCACUUCAUAUUUUGAUAGCUGAAAAAGUUACUGCUUUAAGACAGAAAUUAUGUUUUUGCAUUAUAUUACUUAUAAGGACCUUGAGCACUUGCAGAAUUCCUUAACCGCAUCUGAUAAUUUGAAAGCAGAAGGCAGAAUAAAUUUAAAAGUAGUAAGAUAAAGUAAUUUUCUCACAAUUUUGGUCAGAAUCUCUGGGGGAAGAGUAAGAGCUGCAGAUAACUUAAUAAAAGAGGAGAGUAAUUGAAGUCCAUUAUUAAAAUGCUUAAAUGAAUUGAAAGAUUGAAAAAUGCCUUACCAAUCUAUUUAAUGAAAAAGUACUCCUGUAUUUGUAAGAUCACAUGCAAUGAAUAGAAGUGCUUAUUUUAUGAAAGGAUUAAUAAGUAAAACACUCAGACCAAAUAGAGCUAAUAUGAAAAAUUUAAAUGUAACUCCUUCAGGUGUCUUUUGGAGUACCCUAUAAACAGUGAACACUUUGAAUCUCUUCCUGCAUAAGCUGUUAUAAAGGCACUUAUUUUCUCUGCUGAUCUCCAUUUUAGUGCAAAUCUUAAUACGUUUUUAUAUUGUUUUUUUAAACUGGAGAUAAUUCCUCAUCCAUAGUUGCUUAAUAUUAACUUACACUAUUCUGAAUUUGCAAUAUUACAUGGUGGAAAGAUCUGUACUUCAAUCUACUCUAAAAGUAUGUGUAUUAAGUUAUGCUGGCAAUGAUACGAUACUGGAUGAGUAGUAGAUGUUGAUCAGGGCACAUGUAGCUAAAAGUCAAUGCUUACUCAACUUCUUAGAAGUUUGAGGAGGUGGAGGUUAAAUGGGGUUAAAUUAAGAAAUGUAUGACUUAAUACAGGUAAAAUCAGCAAUGUUUUCAAGAAUUCAGCUUAGUCUGGUACAUUUUAAAGAACAACUAGCUGUCCAGCGUGCCAUGGGUGCCUUCCAAAGUUGAGGCAUAACAGUGAAAUCUUUUCAAUCAAAAUUUACAUAAAUACUAUACUACCCAGUUAAUUUUUGCAAACUGAUUUUGGAGUGCAUGGUUUCCAACAGAACUAUAUGGGAGCCUGUGCACAGAAUUCCUCCUUUCAAACAGGCAUUUGUAACACAGUUUUCUGUCUUAGAGCUGAUGGUACUAUUAAUUUCUUUGUAUCCUGUUUUGAUGCUGAGUGCUGCAUGCAAAAUAGCAACUAUCAGAGACAACCCACUUCAUUGUUGGUAGUAAUUUCCUACACUGGAGGAAGUUGCUGAAAAGAUAUAUCUUUAAAACAUAUGAAGGAAACCCCUUCUAGGCAGCGUGGAAGGAAAGCACAGGUAUGCAGGAAUCAAGCAAACUUCAGUGUAAAUUAUAUUCUUGUUUGCAUUGAGAAGUAAGUAAUGAAAAUUUUCUUGUCUGGUCCUGUAUGAUAAUCUGUUGCCUUUACUCAUCUGUUAUCAUGGAGGAUUUUUCACGUCUAGUGACCUAUGUGUGAGAUACUAUCCCUAUUAUGUGCAACAUCAGGAAAUGUAGAACACUAAAAAUAAAGUAUGUUUGUCUCCAUA